CCACCAGCACUGAAGUGUCAAUCACCGAUCGCACAGGCACACGGUGCAUCUCUUGCUGUUCUUGCUUGUAGUCCGGUACGGCGCAAUAGCAACAGCGAUAGAAAGAAACUGAUCAAGAGUUGCUUGUGGAGAGAGCGAAUUUGGUGAGGUUUCCGGACUAUACCGAAUUGAAUCGAACCGAAUCGAAUCGAACCGAACCGAACUACAUUGCUCUACAGUGAAGCGACGUCUGUUUGGUGGCUCUUGUAACUGCAGUAGCAGAUCUCUUGCAACCAUCCAUGGCAGCAUCGAAAACAAUGGCCGAGAUCGUGGCCUCGUCGAAAAUAGCGCCAUCCACACCAGCUUCUGCGUCCACGAAUAAUAACAGUAACAAUAAUUACAGCAGCAAACAAAACAAAAUCCCAAAUCCGAAUGGACACGGUGAACACACCAAGAACGGAGGAUCGGCAACCGCGGUGGAAAACUAUCACACCAAGAGCAAUAAGAAAGAGGAGAGUGGCUCUUCUACCACGAUCGUCAGGGCCUUUCCACACCUGACUAUCACCGUAUACAUCCCCACCGUUUGUGUCGGGGUUCUUAUUGGAAAGCGUGGCUACACGAUCGAUAAAAUCCAGAGGCAUGCCGUCACCGAAUCCUCCAGAUUUUACAGUAGCGAGGGUUUGCAGCAGUCUCAACCGCAGGGUGGGCGGCGCGACAACGGCGGAAGCAACAAACAAUCGUCGAAACAGAAAAAGGUAUCGCCGGAUUCUGUUCGAAUCAGCGUCGUCAACUAUCCACCCCCUGCCCCAACCGCUCAGCAGCACCAACAGAAUUACGAGAACUACGACAAUCCCCACUAUCUGGUAAACUCGGAAGAAUACCCUGUAUCUGCGGGUCCACAAAAACCGCAACCGUUACAACAACAAAAACAGCAGCAGCACCAUCCAUCAGCAUUACCACACCCUGGGCUUUCGCAAAGUGCUCUGCAUUCUUCGAUUGGUGACAUGGGAGUCCCUCCCACGUACACGGAACUUGAUUUUAGCAACCCCCAAUGGACACCGAUCGUGAUUCGUGCCGAUCCUAUCGCGGCUCUCCACGCGUCUAGGGCCAUUCACGAGAUUUGCUUCCCGGAAUACGUUGGUGACCGAACUCACCUGGUGUACAUUAUGGACGUUCCCGUUCCAGCAGUAGUAGAAACCGCCAGCAACAACAGCAACACCAUAAGCUCACCCAAUACAAAUCUGCGACACGCCUCGAUCGUUGGGAAAAAGGGGAAUAAGCUCCUCCAGCUGAGCGCCGACCAUUCGUGUCGGAUCAUGGUGCCGCCCAAGCAGCUCGGGCACAACAUCAUCCAGCUCGAGGCUCCCCUGCAGGAGUGCUGCUCCUGUCUGAGGGCGAUUUCGGCAAGGCUCCAGCCCGACAAUGCGUCUGACUUUUCUUCAGGGGAUGAACAGGAAUGCAAGGAGCCGCUUUCACCACAAAACGGUGAUGCCAACCACCACAAACCACAUCCUUCCGUCGCGCUUCAAGCAAACACUAACAGCAGCAACAACAACUACAAUGGGCAGGGCCAAAACCAGAGCGGUCAGACCAAAAAUGCCCGGAACCGAAACAAAAUUGAAAACGCCAGGAGUAACUACCAAAUCUCGUUGAUCGUACAGCCCCUACCAUCGCAAACUAAACUACGGAACAUUGCCCGAAAAACAGAAACCAAGAUCCUUAGAAAGAAAAUCCCCAAGUCACAGCAGAAGCAAAAGCAAAAACAGCUCGAAGAGCAGCGGCAGAAACAAGAGCAGCAGCCUCCGGAAGACUCCGAGCUAUUACUGGAGGACGUAGACGGGGACGACGAUGCUCAGGAGCAACAGGAAGAUAAUCACCCAGCCACCACAGGUGACGGCAGCGCAAACAAUUCGAGCAGGGACACGGCGAAUAAUCCCAAAUCGUCCGGCGGAUCCUGGAGGUUGACCGUUGUGGCCACGACGGAGAAGAAGGCGACCAAGGCUCUUGACAUGCUGAAAGUCCUCGUUUCAAAGGGCUACGAGGUUCUCGUCGAGGAUAUGGGGACGACGACGAAUCAAAAUGAUGCCACGCAAAACAACAAAGGCAACAAAUCACCUACCGAACAGCCUUAUACCUGCACAAACCGAGACGCAGAAGUUCCCAGCGAAGUGUCAGCAAACGGAACCGAAUCCCAAGAGGCGCCGUUCGAAUCGGCCGUGGACGACUCAAAGGGUGGCAGCAAUAAUCACUACAACAACAAAAGCGGUGGUGGUCGGGGUUCGAGGGGCAAAAAGAAAAAGAAAUACUUGUAUAAAUAGUGGGAAAAAAGCCUUUUGUCCGAUCUUUUGGCAAGAGCUAGAGCUACCACGUAUCAGAGGCAAAUAGACAUUUCAUACUAUCACCUAACAGUCUUGGCUUGCGGUACAGUACACUACUUUGUGACUGUGGCACAGUUGUUGUUUCUUGGCCAUUCGGAAUUACAAGAAGCUGACGAUGCAUUUUGUUUUGAUAAGUGUAUCGAUGCGAUAUUUUACUUUGCGCGUUGCAUCGAUGAUUCUUUCGUCCUACUCGAUCCGAUUGGGCUGGUUUCGAGACUGAAUGGUUUGCUGUGGUAUGCAUUAAAAGGUUGAAAUAAUCAAUAAGCACCUCGAUGCCUAGAAGAACUAUCUUGGAACGAAUACACAUUGCAAUGGCGGAUCAACUUUUUUUCAGCGUUCUGUUGUGCUGCUGGGCCAUACUAACCAACGAGCAGGAGAUGCAUUCUAUAAAAUUAAUAUCGUUUGGAAAGAUAACUAAUGAUGACAUUGGAUUAGCUCGCAAGUGUUAGAAUCCAAGACUGUACGUUUUUCUUAUUACUACGAACACCUACUACGAAAAACUUCAAAAUGUCUGCAACUUGAACCCUCGCCUUUCUGAAACGAGUUUGUUUGGUCAUGUAAGACUCUGACUUCCUUCUUUAGUAGUGCAUCAUACAGAAGAAACAAAAUAGUUAUUAUGCA